GGCCCGCGUUCUGGGUGGCGUCCUCGUCCGGCGUGGGCCGGGGAUGGCAGGCUGCGGGGCCGGGCCCGCCGGGAGGGUCGGGCUGCGGAGGCUCCGCGCCCUGCCGUGGGCGCCCCUGUCUAUCCCUGGCGGAGGCCCCGCCCGGUCACGCCGACCUCUCCGGUGCAGCCACCGCGCUGAGAUCUGGAGCCACGGCCUCCCUGCUUCUCCGUAACCAGCAGCAACCAGCUUGCCCGGCUCCGGUCCAGGGGUUCCCCUGGCCUCCGGGCGAGCGUCCCUGUAGCUAUGACAUGGUGCAUUACGGCCAUUCUAACCAGCUGCGCCAGGCACGGGCCAUGGGCGACUACCUCAUCGUAGGCGUGCACACUGAUGCUAAAGAGAAGGGGCACCUGCUCCCCACCACUGCCAGCGUGGCUCCCAAGCCUUGAGGGGCUGAGCACCUGCUCUUCAGAAGGAAUCUCUGCCUUUGCCUGAGACCCUCACAGGGGAGCCAGCCACCCAGUUGACCAGCACUAGUGGGCUAAGGGCCAGGCGAGGCAGCCAGCCUGCCCCCACCGGCCCUCGCGUGUGGCUGUAGCUGGGUGCUGGGAAGGGGCCUCGUAUGCAGGGGCCGGCGGGCUGGGGUCCCCAGUCUCCUUGUUGUCCUUUCCCUAGAGGAGAUCGCCAAGCACAAGGGGCCCCCGGUGUUCACUCAGGAGGAGAGAUACAAGAUGGUGCAGGCCAUCAAAUGGGUGGACGAGGUGGUGCCCGCCGCCCCCUACGUCACUACGCUAGAGACCCUGGACAAAUACAACUGUGACUUCUGUGUUCACGGCAAUGACAUCACCCUGACUGUAGACGGCCGGGACACCUAUGAGGAGGUAAAGCAGGCCGGCAGGUACAGAGAGUGCAAGCGCACACAAGGGGUGUCCACCACAGACCUCGUGGGCCGCAUGCUGCUGGUGACCAAAGCCCACCACAGCAGCCAGGAGAUGUCUUCUGAGUACCGGGAGUAUGCAGACAGUUUUGGCAAGUGCCCUGGUGGGCGGAACCCCUGGACCGGGGUAUCCCAGUUCCUGCAGACAUCUCAGAAGAUCAUCCAGUUUGCUUCCGGGAAGGAGCCCCAGCCAGGGGAGACAGUCAUCUAUGUGGCUGGCGCCUUCGACCUGUUCCACAUCGGGCAUGUGGACUUCCUGGAGAAGGUGCACAGGCUGGCAGAGAGGCCCUAUAUCAUCGCAGGCUUACACUUUGACCAGGAGGUCAAUCACUACAAGGGGAAGAACUACCCCAUCAUGAAUCUGCACGAGCGGACCUUGAGCGUGUUGGCCUGCCGGUACGUGUCUGAAGUGGUGAUUGGGGCCCCGUACGCGGUCACAGCAGAGCUCCUGAGUCACUUCAAGGUGGACCUGGUGUGUCACGGCAAGACGGAAAUUAUCCCUGACAGGGACGGCUCCGACCCAUACCAGGAACCCAAGAGAAGGGGCAUCUUCUGUCAGAUUGACAGUGGCAGCAACCUCACCACGGACCUCAUCGUGCAGCGGAUCAUCACCAACAGGUUGGAGUAUGAGGCACGAAACCAGAAGAAAGAAGCCAAGGAGCUGGCAUUUCUGGAGGCCGCCAGGCGGCAGGCGGCACAGCCCCUGGGGGAGCGCGAUGGCGACUUCUGACCUGGCGGAGGCCCUGGCCGGCCCUCCCCCUGCUCUGCUUCUGCACCUUCUGCAUUUGGACAUAGGACUCUGCAGGGCCGCCCUCUCUAAUUGGCCUGGCUCUAGAAGGGCUGGUGACGACUCUGCCUCCUGCCUGCCUUUAAGGUGCCUGGUUUGCAGCACUUUCCACCCUUUCCAGCGAAGCUGCUCAGAGAGAGUGUCCAGCACAGUGGAGAGGCCGGCAGUGAGACGGGCAGACAGCACCUGCAGCCCGAAAUGCAGCACUCCUGCGUGCGCCCCCACCUGGUCCCCGGAUGUCCCCACCACCUGGACAGAGGCCACACUGACUGCCCACCCAGCUGUGGCGGGAGGUGCAGAGCGGAGGGCUUUAGGGAGCAGCGACUACAGUCACCCCUUUAGUUCUCUGGGUGCAGACCACACCUCCCACUUGGCACCCCCCAACACGGUGUCCUGCCACCCGGCGCCUGGCUCCAGGAAAACACGCUUGCCUUCAUUCCCGGCAGCUUCGCCGCUCUCCUUAUGGACUCUGUUCUGUUUGUACAUGGCUGAUGUAAAUCUCUUUGGUACAACCGAAUAAAGCCUGGUGGCACUGCUGCAUGGGGCUCCCAGCCCUGCUGGGAAGGACCAGGGAACCACCCAGCAAGCAGAGCCUCUUGGCCCUGCCCUGACCAUGCAGCCGGCAGCCGGGUGUGCAGCAGGCA